AUGCCAAGAAUUGGCGGUCAGCCUCCAUCGAAGCGAUCCACACUAGCUUUCUUUGCAGGGCGUCUACACGGCCACAUUAGGUACCUUCUCCUAAACGAAUGGAAAGGCAAAGACCAGGAUGUGCAAGUUUAUGACCAACUUCCUCAGGGCGUGUCGUACGAGAACAUGCUCAAGAGUAGCAAGUUUUGCUUAUGCCCUAGCGGGUACGAAGUGGCAAGUCCAAGAGUGGUGGAAGCAAUUUAUGCCGAGUGUGUGCCAGUGUUGAUUUCGGAUGGUUACGUUCCUCCAUUCAGCGAUGUUUUGAACUGGAAGUCAUUUUCUGUACAAGUUCCGGUCAAGAAUAUAUCCGACAUCAAGACCAUAUUGACAGCCAUAUCGAGCAGACAGUUCCUCCGAAUGCAGAGGAGGGUGAAACAAGUGCAACGACAUUUUUUGGUGAAUGGACCCCCGAAGAGAUACGAUGCUUUCCACAUGAUUGUUCACUCCAUCUGGCUCAGACGCUUAAACAUUCGCAUUCAAGAUGUAUUCACCUAA